UCAGUUCGUUCGCGCCUUCCGCGCGGCUUGCCCGUCUAUUUCUCUGUGCUACACCUUUAGUCAAUUUAGACUUUCCGAUACGAAUUUGGAACGUUUUCGACCGGUAAUGUCGUUUUAACUGUCGUUUUUAAUCAACGACCACUAGUGACCGCCUAAAUUUCGCAUUGCGAAUUGGACGUGCAAUUGCUUCACCCUGUUACGUUAGUGUUAACAGAUAACUGUGAGGAAACGCGUGUAGGCUUUCAGUGUGGUGUACUCAGCAGAUUUAGUGCUUUAUCUGUGCAGUGGAAUUGGAGCAUGUGUUUUGUGGAAAGUGCUAAUAUUGCUGUUUGAUACGAGACUUGCGAUACGUUUCACUGAACUCGAGACAAAAAGUGGUUUUGUGAUCGAGUUCAUGUGACUACCGGAUUAUUGAUACCCAUUGCUUUCCCCCUGCUCAGCUUGAUUUAUGGACGCCUCCGGAACUUAUGAACUGUCGAACCCAGGGGGCGCCGACGAAAGACAUUCAAAAUGUAACCACCGAACCACUGGCCCUAACCAAGCCAAGAAGACAUCAAAUUCAUGAGUCCACUAAGAUUACAUGAUCCUAUUUAUUUAUUAAUAAUAACGAAUCUAGUCGCCAUUGCACUUUUUAAACACGAAAAUUAGUGAAGAUAAGGGAAUCAGUUAGUAUUUGAGUACAAAGAAGGAAUUGAUUAGAAACGAACAAACGGAACGCUAAAAUCGAUUUGUAAUUAAAUUGGUUUCAUUAGAAGUUCCUGGGAGAAGUGUCAAGAUGUCUGCAAGUUUCGAGCACUCCACAAUGAAGAACAGCUUCUCGCUGUCGUCCCUGAGGAGCGCGCAGGCGCCGCCUGGCGGCCCGUCAGAGCAACUCGAGCGGCCCUACCACAGCCUCACUAAAAAGAGGAAAGAGCCGUGCCGAGAAGCCUGGCGGCGCAGUUGGGGCUCCGCGGCGAGUGGGGGCAGCUGCGGCGACGACCUCUGGCCUCUACUGCAGCACCACUACGAGUACAUCAUGGAUAACCAGAUCAUAGACACAUGCAAGGAAGCAAACGGCGAAUUGUUAUCGCACAAUUCGUCAGCGUUGCACCAGCCUCGAUUACUGAAUCCUACGACCGGAUUCAAUCGCCAGUGGUCGUUGAACCAGCUGAUAGCUGAGUUCAAGGAGUUGUGCCAGUGGCUGACACACGUCCAGGAGGAGAUUUAUUCUAGUCCCGAGAACUUGGCCAGCCGGAAGCUGAGGAUGAACCGCAUGUCAGAGCUAGUCUCCGUGGAGCCGCGCCGCAUCAAAUUUAUGGAGCAAGCCGGCGCUAUACUCGAGCGGUUGCCCGAAGCCAGUGCUGAAGUAACAUGGCGCAUGGAGCAUCUGAAGGUGAAAUGGGAAAGUCUUCGUCUGUUGCUCAGCCCAGAACAGUUGCAUAAAGAUGGGGACGGCUCAGAUACUGUUGACCCGGGCCACGAGCUGCGCUGCCUGCGGCGCUGGCUGCACAGCAUGGAGGGCCGCCUGCCGCCGCCGUCGCUGGCCGCCGCGCGCGCCGCCGACCAUCACGAACUGGUGCGCAAGCUGAGAGAACAUCAGGUAUUGCAACGAGACGUGGAAUGCCACGGGCGGAUCGUGAGCUCUGUGGUGCGGCUGUGCGCGGGCGCCGAUGUCGCACGAGCGCUAGAAAGACGCUGGCAUCUGCUGUACCUGCGGGCCAUCGAGUGGCAGUGCCAUCUGGAGGCCUGUCUCGCUAGGAUCGAAAACCAGGGCGGCGCGUCAGUAGAAGCUGCGAGCGAUAGCGACGACGAGCCAGCGUUGAAACAACCGCGGCUGAGCCGGCGCGGGUCGCCGAGACAGCGCACGCGCACGCCGGUCUAUGCGCGGAGACAACACUCCGUGGACAGUCGCCAAUCAGCCUCUGAGGAGGAACAAGAAUAUGCAGUGAACUACACUUGGCGCGGCUUCGAAUCUGACUGCGAAUCUGAACUGGCGCGAAGUAGAUCAGAGAAGAUGGCGGACGAGAGACGCGUGCCCGGCGCCUGCGACGCUUCGGGUGACAGACCCACCGACCAGACCGUACCUGUCACGGACCAGAUCGACGGCUUAGAGGUAAACAACGCAAUGCAUAUCGAAAAACAGAUCAAAACGCCACCAACUGUUAUAAAAAGGAAAAAGUCAGUAGACACGUCAAGGUUUAACCAGACGGAUCGGAAGUCCAAACAUUGCGCAACGUUUUAUUUUAGACAUCACGACACUGAUUCAGAUAGACAGAUGAUAGAAACGGAAGAGAAAUCACAGGAAGAAUCUUCAGAGGAAGAGUGGACUUAUGUUGGUGGAGCUAAAAUUGUAAACGAGGACUCCACUGAUCUGAUGACGUCAUCUGUUGAGAUACAAUGCGAACUGCCCAUGGACGAUACCAUUAAACCACAACCAAAGCUUGAAUCUUCAACUCCGGAUCUUAUAAAAAUUGAUAUAAAGUGCAAAGAUUCUGAAAGAUGUAAGGAUAUAGAGCGAUUGGUCAUUCAGGCAGAAGAAUUGGUGCAGAAGCAAGCUCAGCAGAUGUCGAAGAAGAAAGGAUCAAGGAGUUUUAAGCCAUUAAUGUUCGAAGAGGAAGGGAAGAAUGUCAGCAGAGCGAAAAUGUCGAGGAUCAAAGAGUGGUUGAAUCAAAGUUCGGAUGGAAAAAAUGAUAUGAACCAGGGCGCCGAAAGUUAUGACGCAUCGGGCGAAUAUACGACUGAGAGCGAAGUGGACACUUCCUUGACUUCGGAGGAAAGGAACCUGCACUCUUCUAUGGAUAUGAGCACUUCUACCUGCACAGUCACACCUACACACCACCCUAAGGUACAACUCCGCAAGAAGCGGGGCGGCAACAGCGCGCGUCCGUGGUCGGUCUCCUGUCUCUCUCAGUUGAGCGGGACAGGUGUAUCUCUCGCAGCUACUCCCACAGCCGACGUUGCUGCUAUGUCGCACAACAUGUCGAUUUCGGAAUCUGCGUUGAACACCCUCGCUUCUCCUCAGAGGGUCACUCCAGCUAAUUCUAACUCUAAGCUGAGAGGAAGUUCGACUACUGUACAGGGUCAUGUAUCAAGCACGAACACGAUGACAGAAGCUUGCACGUCCUGCGUGGAAACAAACGACAAGCAAUGCUGGCUGCGGCGCAAGCGUCUCAAGCUGAGGAGGCACAACGCGUCGCGGCGCGAGCGACUCGUCAAGUCGCUGUCGUUCUGCGGGAGACUCAGUCCGGAGGGGGAGAGGCACGAGAGGAGUGCGGCCAGUGACCCCGCCACUAGCAGGAAGAGCAGAUUCGACACAACAUCGACUUCAGGCAACGACAGCGACGACGAAAUCCUAAAACAGCAACUAGCCACCAUCGCCAACCUUCGGAAAAGCAUAGAGAAAACCCAUAUAUCGACAAGAGAAGCUGACGGAGCCAUCCCUGAGCAGAACGAGGAAAUAGUCGCGCCAAGUUUCAAAUUAGGACCGGCAGGUGGCGCUGUUAGACCAAGAUUGGCGCGAAGUUCGGAAAGAGAACGCUCGUUUUUGGCGCUCAGUUUGGGCGACCCUAGCGAACUGUGGGAUUUGAGCGUAGACAAGGAUUCCGAUGUGGAUAAGAGUGUGACGGCGGGAACGGAGGAGCAUAGUUCGUUUUCGGAGCAAGCCUGGGAUUUCUAUCAGGAAAAAUACAAUUCGGAGCCGUACUCCGAAGCCCCAGACUCUGACGCAGCUCGUCGAUUGCUCGAAUUCGGCGACGAUUACCGAGCGUUCCUGGACUCGCAAUCCGAUUGCUGCUCGAGUCUCUCAGCGCAACCUGAAAAUGAACAAAGCCCUUCUGGCACCCGCAGACGACGACCACCCUUAGACUUAUCUCGAGAGAGAAGUCUGCCCCGCUAUAAGCGACCAACAAGGACAUCCCCUGUUGACACCCCAGCGAGAAAGCCCAAAAAAUCCAUAUCGAGCGCAGAGCGCCAGAAAUCCUUACUCGAUAGUCUAGAGAGAUCCAGAAAUAACACAAGCAUCGAAAGCAACGAUGGGGUCCGCAGACGCAAGCCGUCUGAAAGCAGCAAAAACAGCAAACGAUCGCCCGAAUUCGAUUUGCUCAACGGCCAAGCGCUCAGCCGAAGACGUCAUAGCUCAAAUUUAACUAGUGAUGAAAUUAAUAGCUCAUUAGAAUACAAUGAAGUUAACAACCGUCCUGAUAUAUUAGAUUCGUUGAAUAGAAGGCGAAGGACAGAGAAAAAUGGAGAAACGGAGUUGCAGAAAGUUGCGUUGUCAGAAUUGAGGAGGCGUUCGACCGAGAGCGCGGAUUCUGAAGGAGAAUCUUCGAGUCCUAAGAAGCAUAGUAGGAGAAAUUGGGAUGGGGAUUCCGAUUCGGAAUCUGAAGAGGUUCGCUCGCUGGUCCGUCAGUCGAGUUCGCAGUUGGAAGCGGCGGAGGCUGUAAUGGCGCGUCAGGACUCCUCGCCUGACCUUCUCCGUGCUUUUGACUACACGGAGAUCGUAACCCGUUGCCGCGAUAACAUCAACCUCCUGGAGGCAGCCCUGAUGGGGGGCAGACUCUCCGCGGCCUUACAGAGGGAUAUCAGAGCUGUGUCAGCAAGAUGGUCGGCGCUUCGAGCGGCUGCCACCAGGCGUGGGGGAGCGAGGCGCCUCCGUCGCGAAAUGGCGACGCUCCACGAGGCCCUGGAUGACAUUUGUGAUGCAGGGGACUGCGCCACCCAACCGCACAGCAAAGUUCAGCUCACGAGGAGAAUUGAAGAACUCAAGGAGCGUUUAUCUCGUCUGCUAGAAUGCAAGGUUUCCAUGCUGAAACUAACCGUGUCGGUCCGUCGGGCCCUGGGUGAAACGGACUCUGAUGACAACGGGCUGGCAACGGAACUGAACUCACUGCUUGCCAGAUGGGACGAUGCCCAUCAACGCACAUCAAACGAACUGCUAUCCUUAGAGAAGGCCGUGUGCGUGUGGGCUGAAUGGGAGAAUGCCUUCCGUGAGCUCCAAGGAGCGUUGAGAGGCGACCUGGCUACGUUAGAGGCGCUCCGAGACCGCGGCACGACGAUUGGAGACCAGACCGAAGUUGCCGCUCAGAUCAAGCAGUUGGCUGCGUCGUUAGUGGAAAAGAAGAAGGGCGGAUCAACGUGCGACUCCCUGUCGGACUCUGGUAUAUCGGACGGCGACGGCGAGGGCGCGGGGCGCGCGCGGCGGCUGCAGGCGCUGCGCGAGCUGGCGCGCCGGCUGCAGGCCGCGCUGGCGCCCAACUCGCCCGCGCACAGGGCCAUUGCUAAGCGUAUGGAGCAAACCGAAAAUGAAGUUCGUAUACUGCAAGAGUCUUGUCGUGCGUUGGUGGAGCAAAGUAUUCCAGAUCUGAAAAUCGAUGAAAACAGCAAAGACUAUAAUCUUGCCGUGACUGGCAACAAGACCGGCGCCGGAGACCCCGACUACAGCCCGCGGGGCGGGUGGGUGUGGCGCGUGCUCCGCUCGUCGCUUCCCAUUCAACUGUGCCUCGUGGCAUUACUCCUCGCCGCUUGGUUGGUUGAACGCCCCCGGUGCUGCGACGCCCUGAACUCCUUGGCCCAAACACUAACUCCUCAACUGCGUUACGUCAGAGGUCCACCACCGGUUUGAACAUGCAACAUGGUGGUUGUGAGUCUGUUAGCUUACACGUUAGCUAAAAUCAAGUUUGAAGGGGUUGACCUAACCUAAGAUUAUUGUCAAGUUAAUGUCUCCACGCCAAUGAGCAUUAUUGACAGAAACUUUGCGUUUCAUUACAUCGUGACGGAAAUACGUACAUGGAUUCCGAUUUUGAAAUAGAGACUUCCCGUAAUAAUGAAGAUAUACGUAUGAAAGUAUUGAUUUUAGUAUAUGUACUUUACUACAUGGAUUAUGUAAUAGAUGAGGCGAGGUUGCUUUAGGCAAUAGUAAGUUUAUUUCCUAACCCAUAUUUUGACGAGUUGUGAGUAGUACUGGAUAAGAUUGACGUAGUUUGGUUGAAAUUGUUACUAACCAAUUUUAUUGCGAAAAUAUCUUUAAAAAAUAAUUGUUUUCUCAAGUGUUUUCUUGACCUAAUUUUGAAAUCAAUUUAGAGAAUGAGAAUUUAACAUUUUUUAUGGAUUAAAACAAAUAAUUCCAAAUGAGUACCUUCCUAAAUAAUGACGUAGUCUUAGAAGUUGAUUUUAAAUCAGAAGUUUUGAUUCAUGACACCAAUUGCUCAUAGCAAAGUUCAAAUAGACAAAAGUGUUCCAAAAUGAUCAUCUGUAUCAGAUGAAGUUCAAACUAGUUGGUACGUACUAUUUACUAAGUAUCAUUGUACUAACAUUUUGACAAACGUAAGUUCGUUUAGGAUAGUAGCAUGCCUAUUUUAGUACAAGUAUUUAAUAGGUUUUGUAAGGUUUGUAAGAGUGCGCUAAGUAUGUGAGCUAUUUUUAAAAUAUUUUUAAUAAAAAAUAUUUUAUGUCAAUAGAAAAUCAAUCGCAGUAUAGAACUUUUUUUCCAGAAAAAAUAACAAUUUAAGAAUAUCUUAUUUCCUUGGUUUUUGAAUUUGAAAUCUUGAUUUUAAUUUUUCGAUCUAAUAAUAACUAGGUCAAUUUAUUGUAUUCUUAACAAUUUUCAUUCCACGAAUUUUCUAGCAUAAUCAAAUCGCUAGGUACUAAAAUAUUAAUUCAGUUAUUAUUAUCUUUAUAUAUUUUCUGAAAAGUGUCAUAUACAAAAAAAAAAACUCAAUAUUACCACAUCAAUUUCCACACUAUUAAAUCUAGCGCUUACUUUUUUGCGAAUACAAGAACUAAGUCGAAAAUAACAGGUACUGAAAAACAAGUAAAUUUGUACCUGCACUGCCUUAGAAAUGUUGAUGAAUGAGAAAAAUCUAGUUUGCGCUAGAGCUUGUAUGUGGCGGCCUUAUCAAUUGACGACUAAAGACUGAUAAAAGUAGUAACUAUUCCUUUAAUAACCCUUUCGAUUUCACGCAACCUGCACCCUCCAGAAAUAUAUGGUUGCUUAGUCACUCAAAUAUUAUUGUCUAUUUAUAGAUCUUAUAACUAUUAUUGACAUUUAUCACGUUAUUUGUUGCGAUAUUGUCAAAGUUUUUAUUUUUGCAAUUUUAUUGCAUUAAAGUAUAUAUUAUGAAUGUAGAAAUGAAUAUAUAUUUAUGAAUUUCAAUAGAGCUUCAAACUGUUUAAUAUGUCGUGAAUUAUGAAUUUAUUUUGUAUCCUAAAAUAAAAUACCUAUGUAAGGUAUUUUAUAUUUUUUAUUAAAAUCCUGCAAUCGAACUGAAAUAAGUAAAGGAAAUCUACAUAUCUAUUUGACAUAUACUAAUUUAUAUACAGACGUGUAGCAAACAUGACAUCAAUAAAUGCUUUUAUUUGAUAAUAAAUCAAGCAUUUUGUAGAACAAGAAUCAUCAAAUCCAUCAAUAACUAUAAAAAGCCAAGUCAACGGAAAGAGCCUUAACAUGUUUUAUAAAAUCAAAAUCUAAUCAAAUUAACUAGUUAUUAGUUUACUUAACUAAUAACUUUUUUUUUUAAAUAUUAUUUACAAGUGGCCAGUUCUAAAAACUUUCAGUGUCGCCCUCGUGAACACUGUUAUCAUUUAAUUUUCAUAGACAACAUCACUCACAGUUCAUUUUGGUCACUUAUUAUCAAAAUUUGCAUACCUACCUAUGUUUGUUGUAUAUCUGUGUUACAACAGAAACAAGUAGUAUCAUGGACCCCGUUGACGUCCUAUUUAUUCAGUGAAUUGUAUUUAAAAAUAUUCAUUUAUUACAGAUGUUAAGGCUCUUCAAUGUAAAAACUGCCUUGAGUAUGAAUGUGGUAUUGCGCAUUCUUGCUGUGAAUGUAUUAAUUAGUUAUAGUAGAGUCCUUCCCUGUGGUCUGUUUUUCCUUUUAAUUAUAUUUUUUGUCUACCCACAGUUUAACAACCACAGCGAAGGAAGUUAGAACAUUCUACCUAUAAUUACAUUAUAAGGCAGUUGAUGCCUAUGUAGUGUGUCAUAUUUCUUUUAAUUUUUAUAAUUUAGUUUUUAACUAGGUAAUUGAAAGAAAAUAGACAUGCUAACGAUGUGCAUUUAUUUUUUUUUCCUUUUUUCGCAGGAAUUGUGAGCAUAAUAUCUAAUUGGUCGCCUAAUGGCAUGUUGGCUUUUUUGGAAUGGUAAUAAAAAUGAUUUUUUAAAUA